GAGCAGUAAACAACAAUGGUAAAGGAAAAGAUCCACAUCAACAUCGUGGUCAUCGGCCAUGUCGACUCCGGAAAGUCCACCACCACCGGGCACUUGAUCUACAAGUGCGGAGGAAUCGAGAAGAGAACCAUCGAGAAGUUCGAGAAGGAAGCUGCCGAGAUGGGCAAAGGCUCCUUCAAGUACGCCUGGGUGCUGGACAAACUGAAGGCCGAGCGUGAGCGUGGUAUCACCAUCGACAUCGCUCUGUGGAAGUUUGAGACUGACAAGUACUGUGUUACCAUCAUUGACGCUCCUGGACACAGGGACUUCAUCAAGAACAUGAUCACUGGAACCUCUCAGGCUGACUGUGCCGUGCUGAUUGUUGCUGCUGGUACCGGUGAGUUCGAGGCUGGUAUCUCCAAAAAUGGCCAGACCCGUGAGCACGCCCUGCUGGCCUUCACACUCGGUGUGAAGCAGCUCAUUGUUGGUAUCAACAAGAUGGACAACACUGAGCCCCCUUACAGCCGGACGCGUUUUGAGGAGAUCAAGAAAGAAGUUGGCACCUACAUCAAGAAAAUUGGCUACAACCCCAACGCUGUUGCCUUCGUCCCCAUCUCUGGUUGGCACGGAGACAACAUGAUUGAAACCAGUGAAAAGAUGAACUGGUACAAGGGAUGGGCGAUUGAGCGCAAGGAGGGUAAUGCCAAUGGAACCACACUGCUGGAUGCUCUGGACUCCAUCCUGCCACCUUCCCGCCCCACUGACAAGCCCCUMCGUGUGCCCCUGCAGGACGUCUACAAAAUCGGGGGUAUUGGAACUGUCCCCGUCGGUCGUGUUGAGACUGGUAUCCUGAAGCCUGGUAUGAUCGUCACUUUUGCUCCCCCCAACCUGACCACUGAGGUCAAGACAGUGGAGAUGCACCACGAGUCUCUGGCUGAAGCCAUACCCGGUGACAACGUUGGCUUUAACGUCAAGAACGUGUCUAUAAAAGACAUCCGUCGAGGUUUCGUGGCGGGCAACAGCAAGAAUGACCCUCCGAUGGCAGCUGCGAGCUUCAAAGCCCAGGUCAUCAUCCUGAACCACCCCGGCCAGAUCAGCGAUGGUUACAGCCCAGUGCUGGAUUGCCACACAGCUCACAUCGCCUGCAAAUUCAAGGAACUUGUGGAGAAGAUCGACCGUCGGUCUGGUAAGAAGCUCGAAGAUACCCCCAAGUUUGUGAAGUCUGGAGAUGCUGCCAUUGUCCUCAUGGUGCCUUCAAAACCCAUGGUUGUUGAGGCCUUCAGCGAUUAUGCCCCACUGGGUCGCUUUGCUGUGCGAGACAUGAGGCAAACCGUGGCCGUCGGUGUCAUCAAGUCUGUGGAGAAGCAGAUCGGCAACACUGCAAAGGUCACCAAGUCUGCACAGAAGGCCGACAAGAAGAAAUGAAUUCUCAUUCAGGACGUCCAACAAGAUGUCACAUCUCAGCAGCAGCGGGCUGCCCCAUCCCUUCUCUUUCCUUGCCACCCAAGACCGCCUUCUCUUAGGCAGAGCUCUCUGCUCAAGGACUGGCUUAUGCUGAUUAAAACCCAUCGUAAAAAUUUCCGCAGGAAAGGAAGGCAUGUGCCUUUUAGGAAAUACUGUGACAGUGAUUAACUGACAAUAAAA